GUCAUUCAUCCCGCAGCAAAAAGACUUCCUGUUUCAGAAUGGACAGGUUAGAGUGGUCGGAUGGGAACUUAUUUCCAAAUGAAAGCACUUCCAUUCAACAAAUAGGCGUUCGGAUAUAUGACGGAGAAGAUAAGACACCAUUUGAUAAUGGCUCAUUAUUGCUUACCUCUCACCGUUUGAUAUGGAAAGAUGCAAAGGACCAGACAUGUGUCCUGUCCUUGCCCUUAUCCUUAAUUGUAUUUGUAGAGGAACAAGCAGGAGGUUUUAGUAAAAGCCCUAAAAUCCUGGCUCACCUCAGUGCCCCAAUGCCAGGCAAACAGCCCGGACCAGCCACCAGCAGCAAGAACCAUUACAUCAGGUUUUCCUUCACACAGGGAGGGAUGACAGAGUUUUACAGGUGCUUAGCAGAUGAGUUGGCCCACAGGAGGUGGGAACAUAUUCCCCUGACGUCACAUCAACCAGCUUCACAGAAAAGGCAUGUAAGAGCAGCAGGGAUUGUGGGGAUAGAGAGAAAUAUCCAACAAAAGCACAAGGAAACUGAUCAGAAUAUAUCUGUAGCAUUUGAGGAUUUGAAUAAACUAAUUGCAAAGGCAAAAGAUAUGGUGACACUUGCAAAGGGGAUUUCUAGCAAAAUCAAAGAAAAACAGGGAGACAUAACAGAGGAUGAGACAAUCCGUCUCCAGUCUUACUUGCUAAGUUUGGGAGUAGAUGAUCCUGUCACUAGAGAGACCCAUGGAUCUGGGCAAAGUUACUACAGGGAACUGGCAAAACAGAUAGGCUCCAUGUUGGAGCAGCCACUGAGGGAGAGUGGUGGCAUAAUGACACUGACUGAUGUUUACUGUAGGGUGAACAGAGCAAGAGGAAUGGAGCUCCUUUCCCCAGAAGAUCUCAUAAGUGCUUGUAAACUGCUGGAGGUGUUAAAACUACCUGUCAGGCUCAAGUCAUUUGACAGUGGAGUACAAGUGUUACAGUUGCAAUCACAUAGUGAAGAGGAGUCUAUAGAGAAAACCGCAAAACUGGUAGAGGAGAAUGGUUCACUGACUGCUGAGGAGCUAUCAACUAUGGCUGGGUUGUCAGUUAUUUUAGCCAAAGAAAGGUUACUAUUGACAGAGAAGUCAGGAGGAGUUUGUAGAGACGAGUCCGUAGAAGGCCUGCGAUUUUAUCCCAAUCAAUUUUUAACCAGGAAAGACUUGUAUUUUCAACUUGGAAGGACAUUAUGAUACAAGUCCUGAAAAGAAGGAAGGAAGUGUUAUUCUUAUGUUUUAUCUGCAUGACAGUGAAAUCAAAAUUAGAGAAAAGAGACUUCCGUUUACUAUGAAGGAUAUUAUGAAAAUUAGCUUUUUGAUGAAUUUCAUCGAAAAAAGGGAACUGAUAUAAAUUUGCAGUUGUGACUUCUAAUGAAUUAAAAACCAUAAUUGUGCUUGCUUGAAAAAGGUGUGGUUUUAAGCUGAUAAAUGGUAUGAUUACUGUAACCAAGUGUCGCAAAGUACCUCAACAUUACAGGGAAAAGCCAUUUUAUUAUUAAAAGUGUGUAUUCUUGGCAAGUAAACGUGCCUUGUCCACAUUACCAGCAUAGUUGAUAGCACAUUUAUUUUUCAGCUAUAACAAUUAACGAUUCAUUAUUCAACAUGUGCAAAUAUUGCUUUGAAAAGUUUUGUUUGACAAAUAUAUAACAGAUGUUUUCCAGUGCAAAAAUCUGUUGAACUUGAAACAUUUUAGCCGGUAACAUGCAGACGGAUUAUAAAUUGUACAAUAAAAGGACGACUUUACGUGACUCGUAAAUUCGGUGGUAAAAGUGAAA